ACGCGCAGCAAGGACCUGCGAGGAGACGUGGCAGAGCGUGGCGUGUCCGCGCCAGACCGGAAAGCCGAGGGAAGAGGCGGUGGCAGGAAGGGUUGGAGCCAUGGCUGCCAGGACGUUGGGUGGGGGUCGCUGGGAGGUAGUGAAGAAGGGGCGACGGCCUGCGGCCGGCGGCAAUAAUAAAGGCGGCGGCAGAGGGGAUCGCCGGGCACUCGGGGAGGCGAACGGAGUGUGGAAAUUCGACCUGACCCCUGCAAUCCAGACGACAAGUACCCUUUAUGAGUUGGGCUUUGAGAAAAUCAUGAAGCAGCAGAACAAGGAGCAGGUUCCACCCCCUGCUGUGGAACCUAAGAAACCAGGGAACAAGAAGCAACCUAAGAAGGUGUCAACCACCACUAACCAAAACCAGAAGCAGGGCCGCUUCCGCAGCUUGGAGGCAGCACUGAAAGCUCUGGACGUGGCAGCUCUGCAGAAGGAGCUGGACAAGAGCCAGAGCAUGUUCUCUGGGAACCCAUCCGUGUGGUUGAAGGACCUGGCCAGCUAUCUCAACUACAAGCUACAAGCUCCUCUAAGUGAGCCCACGUUAAGCCAGCACACUCACGAUUAUCCAUACAGCCUGGUGAGCCGGGAGCUACGCGGGAUCAUCCGGGGGCUUCUGGCGAAGGCUGCAGGGUCUCUGGAGCUCUUUUUUGACCACUGUCUGUUCACCAUGCUGCAAGAGCUGGAUAAGACACCAGGGGAGUCACUACAUGGUUACCGCAUCUGUAUCCAGGCCAUACUGCAAGAAAAGCCCAAGAUUGCCACCACAAACCUGGGAAAGUUCCUGGAGCUGUUAAGGUCCCACCAGAGCCGACCAGCAAAGUGUCUGACCAUCAUGUGGGCCAUAGGUCAAGCGGGUUUUGCCAGCCUCACCGAGGGACUGAAAGUGUGGCUGGGAAUCAUGAUGCCUGUGCUGGGCAUCAAGUCGCUGUCUCCCUUCGCCAUCGCAUACCUGGAUCGGCUGCUCCUGAUGCACCCCAACCUCACCAAGGGCUUUGGCAUGAUUGGCCCCAAGGACUUCUUCCCACUUCUGGACUUUGCCUAUAUGCCUAACAACUCCCUGACGCCCAGCCUGCAGGAGCAUCUGUGUCAGCUCUACCCCCGACUGAAGGUGCUGGCAUUUGGAGCGAAGCCAGAAGCCACCCUACAUACCUAUUUCCCCUCCUUCCUGUCCAGAGCCACCCCUAGCUGUACCCCUGAGAUGAGAAAAGAGCUCCUGAGCAGCCUGACUGAGUGCCUAACUGUGGACCCCCUCAGCGCCAGCGUCUGGAGGCAGCUGUACCCCAAGCACCUUUUACACUCCAGCCUGCUGCUGGACCACUUGCUCAAGUCCCAGGAGCGGAUUCCCAAGAAGGUGUGGAAGUCUUUGCAGGAAACCAUUCAGUCCUUCAGGCUUACCAACCAGGACCUGCUAAGGAAGAGCACCAGCAACAACCAGGAUGUCAUCACCUGUGAAGCUGCCUGCAAGGCUUUGCUGCAGCAGGCUUGGGGCCCUCGGCUGCCCUGGACACGGCUGCUCCUGUUGGUACUGGUGUUUGCUGUAGGUUUCCUGUGCCAUGACUUCCGGUCACACAGCUCUUUCCAGGCCUCCCUUUCUGGCCGGUUGCUUCAAUCAUCUGGCUUCUUGCCUGCUGGCCAACAAGCAUGUGCCAAGCUGUACUCCUACAGCCUGCAAGGCUACAGCUGGCUAGAGGAAACAUUGCUGACCUGGAGCUCCCACCUGUUUACCAUGGCAAGGCCCAGCUUGCAGCUGGCCUGGACGCACACCAACGCCACAGUCAGCUUUCUUUCUGCCCACUGUGCCUCCCACCUUGCCUGGUUUGGUAAUGGCCUCACCAGCCUCGCCCAGAGGAUACAGACCCAGCUCCCAGAUGCUUUGAGCCAGCUGCUCCAUUCUCUGACGGAGCUGUUGCUGCUUCUCUACCAGAAUGUGCUGCUGCCUCUGUGGCACCUGCUGCUUGAGGGCCUGGCCCGGGCCCAGGAGCACUGCCACAAGGCGUGCAGAGGUGAGGUGACCUGGGACUGCAUGAAGACACAGCUCAGUGAGGCUGCCCAGUGGACCUGGACCUACCUACAGGACAUCACAGUGGCUUUCUUGGACUGGGCACUUGCCAUGAUAUCGCAGCAAUAGGCCCAGCCUCCCUGGCCACUUGCUUCCGUCUUGGGCAGACCAUCUGAGACUGCUGGGUGUAGGAGGACUGCCAUGUAAAUGACACUUCUGCAUGGGGGUGUUUUUCACUUGGUGCCUGAGUGGCCAGUUGCCUCUGCCCCAGUUCUUCCAUCUCUGAUGGGAACUGAGCCAGGGGUGUCUCAGCUCCUACCUAGGAUUUCACUGAACACUUCUGUGGCCCUGUUACACACAGCUCCCAGCCUCUGUCCUUGGGCUGGCAGCCUCUCGUCUCCUCCUCUCUGCUUCUCUCCAUCUCAUUCCUAAAGCCCCAAAUUGCUCACCUCCGUGAAGAUGGGACUGCCAGAGAGUGGCUUCUGCAUCCUUCUGACGAAUGGUUCCUGCCCCCAGACUUCAGCAGUCUGUGAUUCAUCUUGGUUACAACUUUAGCCACAGAGAAAAAAGGAAAGGGACUUCCAGAAGAAUAUAGGACCACCGAGGGCAAUAGCAGUUUCACCUCUAUAUGCAGUGUGGGUGUGGCUGUCAGUGGACACGCGGGGCUGGGUGGAAAUGCCUUUCAACGUCAAAAUGCCCAACCUCUGCCCUUCCAGGCCUCUCGCUGUCCCAUUCCAUCAUGGUUCUACUUCCUCAACUUACCAUUUCCUUUCAGUGCUGGGGGCUCUGCCUCAGGGCUCAGCUUCUCUCCACUGCCCCACCACCUGCCAGGAAAGCAGGGUAGUUGUAUGCCCCAGGCCAGGGAACCUUCCUUCCAGCAGCCUGUUGAGACAGUUUAAUCUAUGGCUCUUGGGUAUGCUUACUAGGUGGAAUAAAGGACACAGAUUUGAUUUUUAGAUUUCCUCUCUGCGUCCUCGUAUAGUUGAUUCCCGUAGCUGUGGGACAGGACAACAGAAUGUUGGCCCCCUAGGUGUUCUUUGGCCCCGUGCCCUGCUGGGAGUUGUAGCCACUAGCUGUAAUUGAGCUUCUGCAGGGAAAGCCAAAAUCCGUCAUUCUAAAGUUUGACCUGUAGGGGUUCCUUUUGUUGCCCUAAUCGUGUCUCACUUGUCCUUGAGAGUCAUGCCCCAACAUUUGCCUUGAUAGCUUGAGGAUUUUAUGCUGGGAAAAGCAGGAGGGAGUCUCCUAGGGGAGAUUCUUGGCCAGUGAUCAAGGGGGAGUCCCAUUCCUUGCCAGACCCAGAGUUUCUUAAUUGGUUCAUUUCAUAAGGAAGUGAGUGAAAGAUUGAGAACUCUGAGAGACAGACAUGAAUCAGAAGGGUUUAUCACCAAAACCUUGUAAUUUUUGGCUUGAGACUGGUUUUUCAAACUUCACCUCAUUUCUUUGAAUGUUUCAAAAUCAGCAAUACCAGAGGCACUGUCCACCUUUGCUCCCACAGGCUGGCUUGUUUCCGUCAUACAUACACCCAGGAUGAUUGCAGGAUUGAUGUCCAGUUGCCACUUUUCCUUUCCCGUGGGCCACAGACACUUCCUCCUCACCUUCCCCAGGGUGAGAUUACAAAGUAGCAAGCACAGAGAAAUCUUGACAGGAAGUGAGGUCAUGAAGCUCACAGCAUCUCACUUUUUUCCUUCCCUUGUUCAGUCAUAAAUGUGUUCCCUCUUGGGAACUGAACGGCCCAUGUAGGGCAGAACCCUGCCUUCACAGUGACAGCUAACCCAGGCCGUUUUUCCCAGAAAAGAAACCCCACCUAGCAAAGGGCCAAGGUCUAGAAUUGCGAGGCAGGAUUGUCCAGGGGUGUCAGCAUAUUCCAUUUCCUCAGUUCUUUAUCAGGAACAAAUGGCUUCAGUCCUCAAUCGUGAAUCCUUGUAACUGGCCUGUAUUCACAGCAAGUUGAAGGAAGGGUGCUGGUGUGAGCCUGAGUGGGAACAGCACAGGGCAGGUAAAGUGAUGACAUCCAGUCCUACAAUGAUAAGUCUAAGGCUGCUGAUUCUGUAGCUCAAAAAACACUGUUUACAAGUGUUACAUUGGUUUCUAAUGUGUGUACUGUAUUUCCCUUGUUGGGGUCAUUUGAUUGCUAACAUGAAUAGCCCUCGGGUGCAACAUUUCUCUUCAGGGAUUUAGGUUAAAUGGGUCUCCACAGCCUCUCACAGGGACACUGACAGUAACUUUAAUUGACUUAAUUUAGUAGACACAAUCGUUUGACUCUAUUUGGAAUUAUCCAGAAUUUUUCCUGUCAGAGGAGUAGUCCAGCACUACACGGCUGUCCGUGAAAGUAAACCCAGCCAUCCAGACGGUUCGGUUUUGCAGAACUGUCAACAAGCAGGAGCUGAAGUUGAGCCCAUAAACUGAACUGGUUUGGACUGUGCUGACAGGCAGGGCAGUCACACUAUUGUUGGAAGAACAGAAGUAAACUGACACCUCGGGCACAUCUGCACAUUGUAACUUUAUUUUUCACACACAGCUGGAGGUCAACAGGCAACAUGCCAUAAAACUGAGGGGUAGUUUGAGUACGGUUAUUUCUUACUAACUUUAGUUUUAACCAGUUCUUACAUGGACUUGCGAAUUAUACCACAUGAUUCGUUUUGAAACACUUCUUUCCUUUUUUCUAAGACUUAAACUAAGUUUUCAUAUUUCUCUGAUAAACUAAGUUUUCAUAUUCCUCUGAUUAAUUGUACCCAAUCCACAGCUUCAGUUUUAGAGCGGAGUAGCUGAAUGGGCAGUCUGACUUAAUACUGAUAGAUGUAGAUAAUGUUGCUGGGUCAUGCCUGUGGCAGUGCCAGUCCAUUCUCAAAACGCUUCCACCUCAAGGGUGGAGUGUUUCCCACGCAGACAGGCAUACCUGCCCAGCCCUAUUCCAGAUUAACCCAGUUGCCAAUUACGCAGAAAUUUUAAUGGUUGGGUAAUGCCUGAGCAAUUUUAGUAUGCCUUAUCUCUCCUAAGGGCCGUUGAAUUUAAAUAGGUACUUAAAAUUAUCCUUUAUACCAAUUGAGAUAUUUCAGUAAACGGAUGCAGGGCUGGAAGUGCUCACUCGUCUAUGCCAAGAAAUUUGGAAGACAGCUACU